AUGCUAGAGUCUCACCACGCACUUGUGGUAAAGGCUCUCCAAAAGCUAUACAAGUUCUGCAUCAACAAGGAAGGGUUUCCUGGAGAACCUCUUGCCGAAGCCCCAGAUGGCCAUCCGCUUACCCACACGAUUCUCGACCGCUUAGGACUGAUCAAACAAGCGGAAGAGAAUGCAGACGAGGUCGAUGAGGAUUCGGAAGAUUUGAGAUACUUGCGUAUCCUCUCAACUUCUACGGAAUGCAGUGUGACGGCUGAACCAUCGCCCGAGCCUACCACACCCACAGAGCCUUCACCAACGACAUCUUCUCGAGCCUCGGUCUGUCAGGGCAUCUUGACGCCAAUGACUAGUCGAAAUAACUCGACAUGGCAAUGGGACAUGCAAGCUACUCAACAGACCAAUUUGUCCUAUCCGGGGAAUGGGUUUCCGGGGUUCUUCGCGCCCGCAAGGCCAUCAAUAGGCUCAGCUGACUCAAGUUCAGGAGACGUAUUCUCUCAUAUAGACAAUUCGUCUCCUUCGAUCUUAUCCCAUCAUCCACCAAGACAUGAUCAACAGUUACUGACAUAUUUCCUGGAUCCGGCCAGUAACAUUGCAAGCUCUUCGUCAAUAGAGUCGAAAAGUGUGGACCGUUACAAUCAAGGAUUCCACAUUUCUGAAACGCAUUCACAUGCCGCGGCUACGCUUCCUGGCGAUGUAUGGACUGAUUUCAAUUUUCCUACACACGAUCAAGCGCUCUACGAGACUUUUACUCCUAGUUGGUCGUUCCCAUCUGCUUGA